AAUUAUUUAAAAUGACUUAAGAAAGAGGCAGCGAUAAGAAAUAACAUAACAUUUGUUAUGUUAGAGGAGGGAAUGAAAUAGAUGAUAAUUUUAAUGAUUGGAAUAUGGCUGAGAGUGGCUUUGGAAGAUAAUCAUUUUAGAGGAAUUCAUAAGUGCCAAAGAUAUAAUACUUGAUGGACAGGGAAAGCUAAUAAAAACAAUAAGAUGAAGAGUUUAUAGAAAAAAAGUAUUAAUUAAAUUCAUAUUGAUUUAAAGAUCAAUGAUGAGUAUGGAAGACCCAAUGUAAUAAAAGCAAUCUAUAUAAUCAUUCCAAUCUAGAGGAUCUAAUUUUAAUAUAUUUAAUCGUUUUUCUGGUUAUAAUAUCAAUGAUUAAUAAGCUAAAAAUAGUCUAACAUUUAGUUAAACAUUUGAAUAAUAAUAAAAAUUUAGUUUGGAGAAAAGCGAAAAAAGUGAAAAAAGUGAAAAGAGUGAAAAGCCUAGCCUUGAAUUUAGAAACUCAUCAUUGAGACCAUCUAAUUUAUCAAAUAGAAAAUCAAAAGAAAAUGAAUUAGAAAUUGUAUUUGAAUGGCAAGAUGAAUCUAAUAAUUAAAAUGCAAUAGAAGAGUUAAUAAAUAAAUUAACAUUAGAGAAAUAAUGUGAAAUAAUUCCUGAUCGAUUAUCAUUAAUACCCUAAUCUAAGUAAGGAUGUAUAUGUAAAAAGACAUAAUGUCUAAAAUUAUAUUGUUAAUGUUUUUAAUAAGGAAAAUUUUGUGGAGAAACAUGUGAUUGUAUAGAUUGCUGUAAUAAUGAAUAAAAUAAAGAAUUAAUAGAAUAGACUAGAAGUUAAAUAAAUAGAAAUUAAAAUGAUGAAGUAAAAUGUUUUUGCAAAAAAAGUAAAUGUUUGAAGAAAUACUGUGAAUGUUAUCAUGCAGGUAAAAAAUGUGGAGUGGAUUGUAAAUGUGAAGGUUGCAUGAAUUAUGAAAUAAAUUUACAUGAGGCUCAAAGAUUAAGUGAAUAUUAAAUUUAAUAAUAAAAGAGAGUGUAAUUAUCAUGAGU